CUCUUUACUCACUCAGUCAGCGGCGAUACGGAGUGGGAACGGAGAAAAGAGUGGAGGCUGCCAUAUGCCGCUGCCGCCCGUUAACUCGCGGGAAUAGAAAGCGUUGGUUUGUAAUUUUGUUUGCAAAGAUUUCCAAGGAAGGAUUAACAAUGAACCUCGCUGGGUUUACUCUGCUGAUUCUGUUGGCAGCCUCGCAGGUCACUUUGCAAGCUAGUGGAGCUGUGGGGUCGUUGCCAGGCAGGCCGGGGUCGUUGCCAUGCACGCGGGGCUUCUCGGAGGAGGAGUACAGCGUUGCCGUGGACGAGGAGCUCGGAGACGGACAGCCACUCAUCAAUGUGAGUUUUGUGGACUGCGGCCGCGGCGGGCAGGUGCUGUUCGAGGUGGGCGACGCGGCCGAUUUCCGGGUGGGAGCCGACGGCGUGGUGUACACGCGUCGCCCCCUCCGCCUGGCGGCCAGGAAGAGGGCCCACCUCCUAGUCUACGCUCGCGACUGCCAGGCCAACAAGGAGUGGAGGAUGCGCGUCCACUUCCUCCUCAGACCAGGCGGAGACGGGACGGAACGCACACAGGUGAACUCCAGCGACGCAGCUGCACCGAGUUCGCAGGUGCGGGAGAUAGUGUUUCCAUGGCGCAGUGUGGUCGUCGGGGGCGACGGCUCUCUGAGGCGCAUGAAGAGAGACUGGGUCAUCCCCCCCAUAAACGUCCCUGAAAACUCUCGAGGACAGUUCCCUGAGGAGUUAGUCAGGAUCCGAUCGGACCGGGACAAGGAGCGCCUGCUCCGGUACAGCGUCACGGGGCCCGGCGCCGACCAGCCGCCCACCGGCAUCUUCAUCAUCAACCCCAUCUCCGGCCAGCUGUCCGUCACCAAGCCGCUCGACCGCGAGCACAUCUCCAACUUCCACCUCCGAGCGCACGCCGUGGACCUGAACGGUAACCAGGUGGAGAACCCCAUCGACAUCGUCAUCAACGUCAUCGACAUGAACGACAACCGGCCCGAGUUCACCCACUCCACCUACAACGGCUCGGUGCCCGAGGGCUCCAAGCCCGGCUCCUUCGUCAUGACCGUGACGUCGGUCGACAAGGACGACCCCAAGACGGCCAAUGGGAUGCUGCGCUACAGGAUUCUGUCCCAGAAUCCCGAGAGCCCCUCCUCCAACAUGUUCACCAUCAACAACAAGACCGGAGACAUCAUCACUGUGGCCGCGGGCCUGGACCGAGAGAAAGUUCCGCGGUACACUCUGAUCAUCCAGGCCACGGACAUGGAGGGCAACCCCACCUACGGCCUCUCCAACACGGCCACCGCUGUCAUCCGGAUCACGGACGUUAACGACAACCCUCCAGAGUUCACCACCGACACAUUCUACGGGGACGUCCAGGAGAACCGCGUGAACGUGAUCGUGGCCAACCUGACGGUGACCGACAAGGACCAGCCCCACACGGCCGCCUGGAACACGGUGUACCGCAUCACCUCCGGAGACCCUACCGGAAGGUUCUCCAUCCCCACCGACCCCACCACCAACGAGGGCCUGGUCACUGUGGUCAAGCCCAUAGACUACGAGCUGACCCGCUCUUUCGUGCUGACGGUGAUAGCGGAGAACGAGACCCCCCUGGCGCGCGGCAUCCACCUGCCCCGCCAGUCCACCGCCUCGGUGUCGGUGCGCGUGGUCGACGUCAACGAGCCCCCGGAGUUCUCCCCCAACCCCAAGGUCAUCAAGCUGGACGAGGGCCUGCCCUCUGGGUCCCUGCUCUCCACCUUCACCGCCCAGGACCCCGACCGCUACAUGAGACAGAACGUGCGGUACUCCAAGCUGCACGACCCUGCCAAUUGGCUGGAAAUCGACCCUGUGAACGGGCGCAUCUCCACCAUCGCCGUGCUGGACAGAGAGUCGCAGUACGUGAAGCACAAUCUCUACAACGUCACUUUCAUGGCUACAGACAACGGCGUGCCCUCUGCCAGCGGCACGGGGACCCUGCAGAUGUACCUGCUGGACAUCAACGACAACGCCCCGCGAGUGUUCCCCCCGGAGGUGGAGAUGUGCGAGAAACCCGAGCCCAACGCCAUCAACAUCACGGCCAGCGACCCGGACCUGACCCCCAACGCCGGGCCCUUUGCCUUCGAGCUGGCCAGCCGGCCCUUGGACACCCGCAAGAACUGGACCCUCACACGCGUCAACGGGGAGUACGCCCAGGUGCGCCUGCGAAUCGGCUUCCUGGAGAGCGGCAUCUACGAGGUGCCCAUCAUCAUCACCGACUCGGGCAACCUGCCCAUGUCCAACACCUCCUAUCUGAGGGUCAAGGUGUGCCCGUGCGAUCACCACGGCGACUGCGUGGACAUGGAGCGCAUCAUCGCCGCGGGGCUCGGCACCGGAGCCAUCAUUGCCAUCCUCCUCUGCAUCAUCAUCCUCCUAGUGAUGGUGCUGUUCUUCGUGAUGUGGAUGAAGAGGAGGGACAAGGAGAGGCAGGCCAAGCAGCUUCUGAUCGACCCCGAGGACGACGUCCGAGACAACAUCCUGAAAUACGACGAGGAGGGAGGUGGAGAGGAGGACCAGGACUACGACCUGAGUCAGCUCCAGCAGCCUGACUCCCUGGAGCCCGAGUGUGUGAAGGUGGGCAUCAGGCGUAUGGAUGAGAGACCCCUGCACCACGAGCACCAGUACCCCAUCCGCUCGGCCGCCCCCCACCCCGGAGACAUCGGCGACUUCAUCCACGAGGGGCUGAAGGCGGCUGAUAACGACCCCACGGCGCCCCCCUACGACUCCCUGCUGGUGUUCGACUACGAGGGCAGCGGCUCCACGGCCGGCUCCCUCAGCUCCCUGCACUCCUCCUCCACUGGGGGCGAUCAGGAUUACGACUACCUCAGCGACUGGGGCCCCCGCUUCCGCAAGCUGGCCGACCUCUACGGGGGAGGGGAAGACUAGACCCACCCCCUCAUCUUACCCCCCCCCACCCUAGCCCCCCCCCACCUCCGCACACACAAGCGCAGACGGCACGGGGCGAGGGGGGGGGGAGGGCGAGGGGCGGUGGGGACGGCCAGGGAUGUACAGGGGGACGUGGGAGGCGACGCGAGGGGAACGAGUGGCACUUUUCGAAAGCGUGGGAUAGCUUGCAGAGAGACGUACUCUGGAGGACUGGAUCCGAGGGACUACGAGCACUUGGAGAGCCUGAGCGCGGUGA